UUUUGGGUAUUUGACCGGUCUUUGCCAACGUAGCACUGACUUGGCGGAAAAAGAAAAUUGAGGAAAAAAUCUCAAUUCCGGAGAUACCAAAGGAGGCCUCGUAGUCUGAACACUAUUCAGCUCCUGCAGCAUCAGUUUCUGGUGUCACUCUUCAGUCCCCACCAGUUUUAAUCAGCAGCCUUCACUUCCACUCCUGCGCACGUGUUGAAACGGGUCGCUACAGCUUACACGUACCUCGCCGGUGCAUGCCUCCGUUCUGCUCCUAGCUGGAAGGGCAUAUGAUUGAUUCACAAUACAUCAAAAUUCAGGGUUUUGUGUUGUAUCACUAGCAGAGGCCAGACUGGAGUAGGAUUGAGGGCGGGAAUUUCACACAAUUGGACUCAGUUUAUUUGGAUUCUUACUAUCUAUCAUAAAUGGGAGAGGGUGACUCAUUUUUUUGGGUGGAAGAGAUAACAGGGGAGGCAUAUGUUCCUGUAGGUAUGAAACGAAAGGCUAGAACUAGGAAGAUGGAGUUUGUUGGGUGGGGAUCCCGACCUCUUAUUGAGUUUCUUGAAUCCAUUGGUGUAGAUACCAGUAAAAAAAUUUCCCAAUACGAUGUUACUGACAUUGUUAAUAAAUAUAUUAAGGAACACAACCUUCAUCACCCCCAAAAAAAGAAGAGGAUUCUUUCUGAUGAAAGGCUUCUUUCUCUUUUUGGGAGGAAAACCAUUGCUAAGAACAAAGUCUAUGAGCUGCUGGGAACUCACUUUGCUGAAAACCAAGAGGAGUCAGAUGAUGAUUUACUUUUUAGUUCAGAAGAAGAUGGCAACACUAGUGAGAGACAGAAGAAUAUGACUUCAGAAAGAAAAACACAAAUUAAGAAAAAGGUUGUGGAAACUCCAAAAAGCUGUUUUGCAGCUAUAAUUCCUGAUAAUAUUAAACGUAUUUAUCUGAGAAGGACUUUAGUUCAGAAUCUUCUCAAGGAGCCUGAAGCAUUUGAAAGAAAAAUAAUAGGAAGCUUUGUAAGAGUCAAGAGUGAUCCGCAUGACUACCUUCAGAAAAAUUCUCACAUGCUUGUCCAAGUUAUAGGUUGGAAAAAAGCCUCUGAUUCUGAUGGUAAGAGUGGAGAAAUUAUUCUUCAAGUUUCAAAUUUUAUGAAAGAUGUUAGUAUCUCCAUGCUUUCGGAUGAGAACUUCUCUGAGGAAGAAUGCCAGGAUCUGCGUCAGAGAAUAAGAGAUGGUUUGCUCAAGAGGCCAACUCUUGUGGAGCUGGAAGAGAAGGUUCAGGUGUUGCACGAGGAUAUAACAAAGCAUUUUCAGUGGCUUGUGGCUAAACUUGCUCUGCUGCAAAAAUUAAUUGAUCGAGCUAAUGAAAAGGGAUGGCGUAGAGAGCUGUCUGAGUACCUGGAGAGGCGGCAGCUGUUGCAGACUCCAGAUGAGCAGUCAAGACUAUUGCGGGAGGUCCCGGAAGUUAUUGCUGAUGAUAUAGAAGCUGAGGUGACUCCACAUGAUUUCCCAGUUAAUAUGAAAAAGGUGAAUAAUAAUUCACCGGAAUCAACCAUUAAUGGAGGUUCGGAUGUCCUUAAGUUUGAUGGAGCAGCCAAAGGAACUGUAUCAGCUUGGAUAUCUUUUGGUGCAGAUUCUGCAGCGAACCAACCAGCCUUGGAAACAAUUAAGCAGAAUAAUGAAAUGGAACUCCGGCGUCACGAACCUGUUCUUAAAGAAGAGCAAAAGCAGCCAACAGAGAUUUGUAUUUGGAGCAACAAUAAAGCUAAGCCUGUGAAUGGCGUGCAAAAGAAAUCUCCAGGUGCGAUCCAGGUGAUUGAUCUGAGCGACGAUGAAGAAAAUGAACAUACAGGUGGUGAUACUUCUAUUGCUGAUCACGACGUGGGAAGCUUUAUGUGGCAUUAUGCAGAUCCCCAGGGAGAUGUGCAAGGUCCUUUCUCAAUUGCAUCCUUGAAACGGUGGAGUGAUGCCGACUACUUUCCUCCGAAUUUUAAGGUUUGGAUGACAGGACAGAGCCGAAAGGAUGCUAUAUCAUUGAGCGAUAUUCUUCACAGGUACUUCCCCAUUAAUUGGAGAAAGUAGCCUCUUCGGUGGCUUAUAAAUGUACAAUGUUUUUCUCAUAUACUCUGAACCUGUACAGCAUUAUGCAUGAAUGAUGUAAAAGUUUUGAAUAAAAUUAGAAAGGCCUCUAUUAGAGAAAACCCUUUGCUUAUUAGGUCACUGCUAUAUGCCUGAAAGUUGAGACGUGAGCAAAAACCUUGGUACUUUUAGGACCCGAUCGAUUUGAAUGGCAUAUUUUGUAGAUUGGAAUAAAACAGAGACAUUUAAUUGCAAAAAAUCGUUUCCCUUUUA